UCCGGACAGUUUUAAGAAGAGCACAUGGGAUCUCGUAUUUGAUUGGCUCGUAUCAUGGCUGUUGCUUUCGAAUCGUCCUUGGAUUUAUCAACGAAAUGGUUCAUAUAACGUUACUUGCUAAAUGUUUUGGGUUUGGAAACAAGUAAAUGGAACAAAACAACUUUCGAAAAAAACAAUUCCUGUUUCCGAUGCACUUUUAUGUAGAGGUAGACAUUAUGUCGUUUGACAUGUAGCAACACAAAAAGUUAAUUCUUAGUAGCAGAAAACAUGAUGUAUUGUAGCUAACCUGUCAUCACGUAUUGUUACGAACGCUAUCUAUCUUCUAGCUAAUUACAUUAUGUGAACUUACUUCUGCACAACGACCCAGAUCAAGGAAAGUUUACAUCAUGUUCAAUGACACCGAAAUCGUAAUUAAACGUGGAUCCGCAAGAAAGAGGUCAAGGGAUGGUUCAGGGAGUAGUCUAACUCCUGUCAGGAAAAAAACGACCUCCACUGCUGGACAGUGUCCGCUCACUGUUACCAAGAUAAAAGAGUACCUCGAAGUAACACCUGAAGGCAAUGCAUUGGAGUAUUGUAGUGACAAUGAGGAUCUAUUCGGCGGCUACGACAGUAUCCUUGGAGACUCUUCCUUCAUGGCCAAGCUUGAUGACGCAGAACAAUACAUGAGACCACAUGAUGAUAUAUGUACAGGACAAAGCAGUAAAAAUACAAAUCUGAAACACACACCUAUAAAAACAGGAGCAAAUGCCACUGUGGAAGGGUUUACAGACUCACUCCUAGCAGACUGCUUAAAUGAUGAAUCAUUUCAAGAUCUUCCUAGCUUACAGAUAGAAUCCCAUGGAAAGGUGCAUGAGAACUCAAAAAUGUGCCAAUCCUUGGGUGGUGGGCACACGUCCACGCCCCUCGGCAAAAACCUCCGGGAGGUCCGUGCUCUUGAUGGCAUGAACCAAAAAGAGGAUACACGUCCCGCACCCAAGGCCAGGAGGAGUAUGGCGAACGCUAUGAAAAAAGCUAUGCUUGACAAUGCAGCCACAUCAUCCGCUAAUGCUGUAAAAGUAGCUCAGCAGCAGCAGAAGAAGAUUGUAGUGACUGAGGAGAUAAACGUUGCAAUGCAGACCAUCCAGUCGAUAUCCUCGGAAACAGACCUGGGACCUUUCUUUGGUCUCCCUUCAAAAGUGAAAGACCUCAUCUGCAGACUGAAGGGCAUUGAGGAUUUAUAUGAGUGGCAGAAGACGUGUUUGACACUGGAUAGUGUUCUGCAGAGGAGGAACCUGAUUUACUCCCUGCCCACCAGCGGUGGGAAGACACUAGUGGCUGAAAUCCUCAUUCUCAAGGAGAUCCUGUGUAGGAAAAAGGAUGCCCUCCUUAUCCUGCCAUAUGUAUCUUUGGUGCAGGAGAAAGUGCGAGGGUUAGCUAGCUUUGGUCUUGAUUUGGACUUCCUGGUAGAGGAAUAUGCAGGAAGCAAAGGCAAGUUCCCACCCCUGAAGAGAAGGCAGAACAAUUCUCUGUACAUCACAACCAUUGAGAAAGGCCACAGCCUGGUCAACUCCUUGAUUGAAAACACUCGGCUGGACAAUGUUGGUCUGGUGGUGGUGGAUGAGCUUCACAUGCUUGGGGACGGAAGCAGAGGGGCAAUUCUUGAGAUGACUUUGGCCAAAGUUUUACACGUUAGCAAAUCAACACAAAUCAUUGGAAUGAGUGCUACCCUUGGGAAUGUUGGUGAUCUGCAGAAGUUCUUGAAGGCUGAACACUACACUAAUGAUUUCAGGCCAGUCCAGUUAAAUGAAUAUGUGAAGUUGGAGGACUCUAUAUAUGAGGUUGAUUUAAAAGAAGAACAAUGUCUUAAAUUCUCACGUCUGUUGAAUUAUAAGUAUUCCAAUAGCUUGAAGAAAAUGGACCCAGACCAUAUUGUUGCCUUGGUUACAGAAGUGAUUCCAUCGCAGUCCUGUUUGGUUUUCUGUCCAACUAAGAAGAACUGUGAAAACGUAGCUGGAAUGAUUUGCAAGUACUUGGCACGAAACUUCCUGCCGCACAAGGAGAUAGAGAAGGCCACUCUGUUGAAGGAGCUGAAGGACUGUGGGAACGGGGCGCUGUGUCCCGUACUGAAGAUGACGGUGCCCUACGGCCUGGCCUACCACCACAGCGGCCUGACCAGUGACGAGCGCAGGCUGGUGGAGGAGGCCUACUCAGCCGGGGUGCUCUGUCUCCUCGCCUGCACCUCCACACUGGCCGCCGGGGUCAACCUGCCAGCCCGCAGGGUGAUUCUGCGCUCACCGUACCUGGCCAAGGACUUCCUGAAGAGGAGUCAGUACAAACAGAUGGUGGGCCGCGCGGGGCGCGCUGGCAUUGACUCCAUGGGAGAGAGCAUACUGGUCCUGCAGGAGAAGGACAAGCUCAUGGCUCAAAAGCUGUUGUCCGCUCCAAUGGAACAGUGCUUCAGCAACCUUCUCCAUGAUGGUGGCAAAGGGCUCCUGAGUCUCAUCUUGUCCCUUAUUGGCUUGAAUGUGGCACAGACCCUAGAUCAGCUCAGGAGCUUCCUGUCUGGCACACUGCUGGGUGUGCAGCAGGCUCACGUCAGUCCGGAGCGAAGCUUGUCAGAGAUGGCAGAGCAAUCAGUGGAAGCUCUCAGGGAGAAAGGCCUCGUCACCUGCACUGCCGACGACCACGGCAGCUCUGUUCUACUCAUCACAAAGCUGGGACGGGCCACUUAUAAAGGCUCAGUGGAUCUGACCCACAGCAAUGUCUUGUACAGAGACCUGUCGAAGGGCCUGGAGGGGCUGCUGCUGAACAGCCUCCUGCACCUCGUGUACCUGGUGACCCCUUACGACACGGUCUCCCAGUGCAAGCCUGACUGGAUGAUCUACUUCCGACAGUUCACGCUGUUGUCUGCGUCAGAGCAAAGGAUCUGUGCGGCGGUGGGAGUCCCGGAGAGCUUUGUGGCGAGGAAGGCGGCAGGCCAGAGUGUAAAGAAGUCUAAGUCUGUGGACACAGAGGUGGCCAACCGUCUGUAUUUGUCCCUGGUGCUGCACGCUCUGCUGAAGGAGACGGACGUGUGGAGCGUGUCCGAGCGCUUCCAGUUGACCCGUGGCUUUGUGCAGAUGCUCCUCAGCUCCUCCUCGGCCUUCUGCUCCUGCGUGCUCCACUUCGCUGAGGAGCUGGAGGAGUUCUGGCCCUUUAAGGCUCUCCUGUCUGAGCUGACCCGUCGACUCACCUACUGCGUGAAGGCCGAACUCAUCCCCCUGAUGGAGGUGACCGGGGUCAUGGAGGCUCGGGCCAAGCAGCUGCACAGUGCUGGUUACAAGACCCUGGCUCACCUCGCCAAUGCAGACCCCGGAGAUCUGGUCAAGUCACUAGAGAACUUGUCCAAACGACAGGCCAAUCAGAUAGUGGCCUCGGCAAAAAUGCUGCUACAGGAAAAAGCAGAGGCCUUGCAAGAGGAGGUGGAUGACUUACUGACAAAACCCACUGAUCUCCAUUCAGUGGGUAGCUAGGUUCAGAAAAAAAAAGGAAUAUAUUUGUUCUGUUACUGUUUAUUUAUUUUAUAUAAGUGCUGUCCACAACAGCUACAAAUAAAACGUAAAUAAACCCCACACUGUCCUCCUUUCUGCGAUUUCAUUCUACAUUUUAAAGGCAAACUGAGGGAAUUUUCAUGAUGGGCUCUACUUUUACUAAGGACAAUUAACUACCGACAUUGCCUCUUGUGAUUUCAUUGUAUAGGCGUUUUGCAGUUGCCGGUAACUCAAUGCAGGACAGAUUUAGAUCGGUAAUCGUCCUCAGUAAAAGUUGGGACCCCAAAAGACCUAAGAUAGGGUACAGGUUGAAAAUAUUCGAAAUUUUCCUUUACGUUUCAUAAACUUGUAUAAUCAGAGUU